AUGGCUCCUGAGGGCGCUCACAGCAGUGCGGAGAGAAAGAUUCUGCAUUAUGCAAGAAAUAUUCGCUUUAGAAAUCAAGCAGGCAAUGAAGUUUUCUUUGAUGCAAAGGGUGACCCUCCUGCUGUUUUCGAUAUAAUAUCAUUGCUUGUUGCUGAAGAUGGGACAUUUAAAUCUCCAAAAGUAGGAAGUUUUGAUUCUUCCAUGCCUCUAGGAAGUGACAUUGUUGUAAAUGUCAGUGCCAUUACAUGGAACAGUGACAGCCCAAAGGGUGAGAUGGCAGAAAACUUUUUCGUAAGUGCUGAGGAUAGUAAUUUAGAAAAGGAACCAGGUGAUGUGGUAGCAGAGAAUUCAGUAGUUAAAACUUAUUCAGCAGUGACAGAAAGGAAAAGAGGAAAGCAGCAACAAACUGAGAAAGGGUCUGCUUUUGUGGCAGCAGAUAAUGUAUGCAGCAGUCACAGCAGGCAAAAAGGAGAGCAGCAACAAGCUAUCCCAGCCUCUGUUUGCAGUGAAGACUGCUCAGUGGGGCAUCGUAAGGCCAGUAUUGAUGGACAACCCAUCUGUUGCUUUACCUGUAUUCCAUGUGCUGAAGGGGAAAUUGCCAAUCAAACUGGUUCAACAGAAUGCUUGAAAUGCCCAGAUAAGGAAUGGCCCAAUGAGAAACAGGAUAAUUGCAUACCUAAAAAUAUUGAAUUCCUUUCAUAUGAAGAUGCUUUGGGAGUAACAUUGGCUGGCAUGAGUGUAUUUUCUGCACUGGUCUCAAUUUUGGUUCUUAUUAUCUUUUGCAAACAUAAUGACACUCCUAUUGUUCGAGCAAAUAACCAGACAUUAAGUUAUCUUCUUCUGUUGUCACUGACGGUGUGUUCUCUCUGUUCAUUAGUAUUUAUUGGCCAGCCAAACAAAAUGAAGUGUCUGCUUUGUCAGACAAUCUUUGGUAUUAGCUUUGUAGUAUGUGUAUCUUGUAUCCUUGCAAAAACUAUUAUGGUUGUUAUCGCUUUCAAGUCAACUAAACCAAACAGCAAAUUAACCAGGUACAUUGGGCCAGCCAUACCAAACACUGUAGUAUUCAUUCUCACCUUCCUUCAGCUCACACUAUCUUCUUUGUGGUUGUCAAUUUCUCCCCCAUUCCCUGAAGCUAACAUGAAAUCACAAAUGGGGAAGGUAAUCCUUGACUGCAAUGAAGGGUCAGUAAUUGCAUUUUGGUGCAUGCUGGGAUACCUUACUUUGCUUGCCAUUGUGAGUUUUAUAGUGGCCUUUCUGUCUCGUAACUUGCCAGACAGUUUUAAUGAGGCUCGGUACAUAUCAUUCAGCAUGUUGGUGUUUGUAAGUGUCUGGUUAUCUUUUGUCCCUGCCUACCUCAGUACAAAAGGGAAAUACAUGGUGGCUGUUGAGAUAUUUGCCAUUCUUUCUUCUAGUAUGGGUGUGCUGCUUUGUAUUUUUGCUCCUAAAUGUUACAUUAUUUUGUUACAUCCUGAAAUGAAUACAAAGCAAUACAUUAUGGGGAGAAGUUCAUCACAGGGGAGAUGA